UAACGAAGCACCUCCAUACCGCUUGGAGGCGGUAAAGAACACCUUCAGUUGUUUGUCGACCGUCCAAAAUAAAAUAAACAACGAAGAAGAAGAAGCAGGAAGAAGAAGCAGAAGCAGCUGUGCACGUGUCUACGACAAGUCGGUUGUACAGCUGCAGAAAACAGAAAAAAUAACAAUCUGGUCGUUUCCCAUCCGUUGUUCAACAGAAAGCAUGAGGCCAGGUUUUAGUCCUCGUGGGGACAGAGGAGGACGAGGUGGAUUCAGAGGAGGAUUUGGUGACCGUGGAGGGCGAGGGGGAAGAGGUGGAGGAGGAUUCAGAUCCCCCGAGGGUGGAGGAUUUCGCGGACGAGGAGGUGGCAGAGGCACCCCUCGAGGGAGGGGUGGUGGCAGAGGCUUUGGAGGCGGAAGGGGUGGCAGAGGCUUUGGAGGAGGGAGGAAGGUCUUGAUUGAGCCACACAGACAUGAAGGAGUGUUCAUCUGCAGAGGGAAGGAGGAUGCUUUGGUGACCAAGAACAUGGUGAUGGGAGAGUCUGUGUAUGGAGAAAAGAGAAUUGGUGUCGAGGAAGGAGAGACUAAAGUUGAAUACAGGGCCUGGAAUCCUUUUCGCUCCAAGCUGGCUGCUGCCAUCUUGGGAGGAAUUGAUAAGAUCCACAUCAAGCCUGGAGCGAAGGUCAUGUACCUGGGUGCUGCCUCUGGUACCACAGUGUCCCAUGUUUCUGACAUUGUAGGGCCGGAGGGACUUGUGUAUGCUGUGGAGUUCUCCCAUCGAUCUGGUCGUGACCUUCUCAAUGUUGCAAAGAAACGCACCAACAUCAUUCCAAUCAUUGAAGAUGCCAGGCAUCCACACAAAUAUCGAAUGCUGGUUGGCAUGGUUGAUGUGGUGUUUGCAGAUGUUGCCCAGCCUGACCAGACAAGAAUUGUUGCUUUGAACGCUCACAACUUCCUGAAGAAUGGAGGACAUUUUGUUAUAUCUAUAAAGGCUAACUGUAUAGACUCGACAGCAGCUCCAGAAGCUGUGUUUGCUUCCGAAGUCAAGAAGAUGAGUGCUGAAAACAUGAAACCACAGGAGCAGCUCACAUUGGAGCCCUAUGAGAGGGACCAUGCUGUAGUGGUGGGCAUCUACAGACCUCCACCUAAACAGAAGAAGUGAGACGUGGAAGAUGGAAGUAAUUAAACGGUCCCCAUUGACUGGAAGUCACUUACGUCAUCAGUUGUCCUCCACUCAGCCUGUCUCUGCCCAACUGUCUAGCCCUCUGAUAUUUUUGUUUAUCACUUUGUUUGACUCAUUAAAAGCUUUUUUUAACAAAUCAUUAAACUCUGCAAUGUUCUUUGCUCACUAAAGCUGGAAUCUCAGUUCAGUCUGAGUCUUGGUGUAAAAUCAGUCAGCUGCCAGUUUGAACCAAAUUUAUGUGAAAUACUUGUGUAUUGUGCAUAAAGAAGUGUGUAGUUAAAUAUGAUGUGUUUUAUUUUAUUUCUACAAGUGUUUUGACAAACUACAAUCUAAAGUCUAUUUUGAAAGAUAAUUUUGUAGAUAUAUUUUAAUUAUUGUACAUGUUGGGGCUUUGGGAUCAGCUUUAUUGCAUGGUCACAUUUUUUAAUUUACUGUGGAUUUAUUUUAAAAAUACUUUUUAGAGAAUGUUGUCUAAAAGUUUUGGGGCAAAAGAUUCUUCAGAUUUACGGUAUUGACAUAAAAGAUAAGUUUUGUACAUAAAGUCCAACUAUAAUAUUGAAACCUUAAAUUGGUUUUAAUUUAAAGAUGCAGCUCCAUCUCAUUCCAUGGUACCUGCAACAAUAGUCGGUUAGUUUGAGCUGAAGUAAAAACUCCCAGUUUUAAAAAAGGGUGACGUCUCCAAUGUAAAUAAUGAAAUUAUUUCAAAUCUCAACACUUCUAGCUCAUUUCCCUCAGUGAUCCAAU